GUCGAAUUGACCAUUCCACAACCAUAGCCGCAAACUGAGCGUGCUUUUUCUACAAUCUCUUGUCCUCUUUGGUGGGACCAUUCCUGCAGUUGCACCCUCCUAUUGACGCGCGGGUGGUGGACGGCGUCUUGGUUUGCGCUCCCGGAUUAUAAAUCGGAACAGGAACAGGAACAGCAGCCCGAAAUACCAAUAGGAAUAGGAAUAGGGGAAGGAGCAUUUGUACAACACCAUGGCAUCCUCAGCCGCAGCCGGCUUCCUCGGCCGCUCCAGUAGCAGCAAUGCGAACAUGCGCGGUCUGGUUCAGUUCAUUGCCGACUUGAGAAAUGCCCGAGCACGCGAACUCGAAGAGAAAAGGAUCAAUAAAGAGUUGGCGAACAUCAGGCAGAAGUUCAAAGAUGGUAACUUGAGCGGAUACCAUAAAAAGAAAUACGUCUGCAAGCUGCUGUAUAUAUACAUCCUCGGCUGGAACGUUGAUUUCGGCCAUCUCGAAGCGGUCAACCUCAUCUCCGCCAACAAGUACUCCGAAAAGCAGAUCGGAUAUCUGGCUGUGACCCUGUUUCUCCACGAGAAGCACGAACUCUUACACCUGGUGGUGAACAGCAUACGAAAAGACCUACUCGAUCACAAUGAAUUGUUCAACUGCCUCGCUCUGCAUGCCAUCGCCAACGUGGGCGGCAGGGAAAUGGGCGAGGCCCUCAGCGGAGAAGUUCACCGGCUUUUGAUUUCCCCAACCUCAAAGGCGUUCGUCAAGAAGAAGGCGGCCUUGACUCUCCUUCGUCUCUACCGCAAACAUCCAGGCAUUGUACAGCCCCAAUGGGCAGAGCGGAUAGUGUCUCUUAUGGACGACCAGGACCUCGGCGUUGCUCUCUCUGUCACCUCCCUCGUUAUGGCAGUGGCUCAGGAUGACCCUGAUGCAUACAAGGGCGCAUAUGUCAAGGCUGCCUCGAGACUGAAGCGCAUCCUGAUAGACGGCGAUUGCUCCUCCGACUAUCUCUACUACAAAGUGCCAUGCCCGUGGAUACAGGUCAAGCUUUUACGGCUGCUACAAUACUUUCCUCCAUCAGAGGAUAGUCAUGUUCGCGACAUGAUUCGGGAUUCGCUGCAGAAGAUCCUCAAUAUUGCCAUGGAAUCGAAUAAGAACGUACAGCAGAACAACGCCCAAAACGCAGUGCUCUUUGAAGCCAUCGACUUGAUCAUUCAUCUGGAUACGGAGACAACGCUGAUGCGACAAAUCUCAACACGCCUUGGCCGCUUCAUAACCUCGAGGGAGACGAAUGUGCGAUAUCUUGGUUUGGAGGCUAUGACGCAUCUGGCAGCCCGCGCAGAGAACCUGGACCCCAUCAAGCAGCACCAGGACGUCAUUCUCGGAUCUUUGAAGGAUCGCGAUAUUAGUGUCCGCAGGAAAGGUCUCGACUUGCUGUAUAGUAUGUGCGACUCGACCAAUUCCGGGCCUAUCGUAUCCGAGCUGCUACACUAUCUCCAGAAUGCCGACUUUGCGAUCAGAGAAGAGAUGGCUCUUAAGAUCGCCAUCCUUACCGAGAAGUACGCCACCGACAUUCAAUGGUACAUCAAUGUCUCGCUUCGUCUCGUUGCUGUUGCUGGAGAUCACCUGAGUGACGAGGUUUGGCAACGGGUCAUUCAAAUUGUAACCAACAAUGAAGAGCUUCAGGUCUAUGCUGCACAAAAUAUCCUCCAGCACAUCAAGCAGGACCACUGCCACGAGACCUUGGUCAAGAUAGGAGCUUACAUUCUGGGAGAGUUCGGACAUUUAAUCGCCGAAGAAAGUGGUUGCAGUCCGAUCGAGCAGUUCCUUGCCCUGCAGGGCAAACUCCCGGCUUGUUCCUCCAGUACACGCGCCAUGAUUCUCUCGUCUUUUGUCAAAUACGUCAACUUGUUCCCAGAGAUCAAACCUCAGCUACUUCACGUCUUCGAGAUCUACAGUCACACGCUGGACUCAGAACUCCAGCAGAGAGCUUGCGAAUACCUGACGAUUGCAAGCCUGCCUACUGAUGACCUGUUACGGACGGUAUGCGAUGAGAUGCCAACCUUUCCUGAGCGCCAGUCCGCUCUCCUAUCAAGGCUACAUCAGAAGCAUGCCAAUACCAGCGACAAGAGAACUUGGGUCGUAGGUGGAAAGAGCGCCAAUGCCGACGCAGCCGAACUUAACAUGGCGAAAAACGCUGGUCUCAAGAGGACGUUCAGCUCGAACAACGGCAAUAGCAAUGGUACCGGUGCUAAUGAGGGUGCCAAUGGUACUAAUGGCCACGCAAACAAUGACCUCAUGGGACUGGACAUGAGCGCCGGCCCCAACGAACAGAAAGCACUCAAACCUCCAAACUUGGCCAGUGCCGCUCACUUGUCGCCCGGCUGGGAACAGGGCUACUACAAGCUGUUGCUGAAAGCAGACGGUAUCCUAUUCGAAGACGGACAGAUCCAGGUUGGUGUCCGCUCCGAGUACAGAGGGCAAGUUGCCUGCCUAAUUCUGUACUUCACCAACAAGACACCGGCGCCAAUGACAUCCUUUACCACCACGCUAGACCUUGACGAGAGCGAAAAGCAGAACCUGACAUGGGACGUGAAGAACAUGCCAGAAAGUCAGAUUUCACCUGGUCAACAAUCAAGAGAAGUUAUCAUGUUCGAAUGCAAGAAAGUCUUCGAGAAACCACCGACGAUCAGAAUCAGCUAUCUUGCCGGCGCCCUGCAAGCAUUCACUUUGAAACUACCAUUGACUGCCCACAAAUUCAUGGACCCGGCCGAACUGGCUGCUGACGAUUUCUUCAAACGCUGGAAGCAAAUCGGUGGUGCGCCCCGUGAAGCUCAACAAAUCUUUGGUCUGGCGUCCAAACACGAUACCCGUGAGAUACACGAGACGUUCAUUCGCAAGACAGUCCAGGGCUUCCGCUGGGGCGUCCUGGAUGGCGUUGAUCCGAACAGCAAGAACUUUGUCGGUGCGAGUGUAAUGCAUACGAGCGGAGGUGGCAAGUUUGGAUGCUUGUUGAGGCUGGAACCGAACUACGCUUCUCAGGUGAGAUGACCCUUCUACCUCCCGUGAGCAUUAACCUGCUAACACUCAUCUGCAGAUGAUCCGACUGA